AUGAAGUCCUUCGUUUCUGUCGCUAUCCUGCCUCUCGCGGUCCAGGCCGUGAGAAUCGUACAGUCCAACGAUGAUGGCUGGGCUGAGUCGUAUGUCCGCACUUUCAACGACGCCUUGAACAGCGCGGGCUACGAUGUCGUCCUCUCAGCUCCUGCAGAGAACAAGUCAGGCAGCAGCUCUCGGGAUGAAAAGCCCAAAGACCGCACCUCGGCUUGCCAGUACAACAGCUGUCCCGCUAACAGCGGCCCUGUUGGAUCUGAUCCCAAGCGUCCUGAUCUCAACUGGGUCAACUCUUUCCCUGUUACCUCAAUGAAAUACGGCAUCGACACCUUUGGUCCCAGUCUGUGGAAUGGCGCUGCUCCUGAGCUUGCCGUUGCUGGUCCUAAUGUCGGUAGCAACCUCUGGCUUCAAGUCCCCUUCUCUGGUACCGUCGGCGCUGCUUGCUAUGCCGCUCACGAUGUUGGUAUUCCAGCCAUUGCUUUCUCUGGAGCUUCUGAUGGAAACACAGCUUUCAACACCAACCCCGUCCCUCAGCGCAGCUUGGUCUACGCCGAGCUCGCCACCAGCCUCGUCAAGAAGGUUAUCGACUCUGGAAAGCCUUACCUGCCCAAGGACGUCUAUCUCAACGUCAACUUCCCCAAGGUUGAGGGCAAAUGCACUGAUGCGUCCCAGUUCAAGUGGGUGCUGACACGCAUCAACACUGGUCUGCUGUCUGAGCGUGAUACUGAGUGGUGUGGUGAUGAUCGUCUUCCCACCGAGACUGAGAUUGCUCUUAAGGGUGGAUGUUAUGCUUCUAUUAGUGUUGGAGAUGCUAGCGACAAGACCACUGCCGAUGCUGCUCAGCAGAAGGUUGUUCUGAACAAGCUCAAGGACAUUCUUGUCUGUGUUGAUUAG